AUGGAGAAAGAUUGGAUUUCGAAAGAUAGGGAUUCGUUGGAAUAUAAAAUCGGGGUUGAAAAGUUUUUAAUUUAUGCCGAGCAAAAUUGUGAAAAUCCCAAAAAAAUACCUUGCCCCUGCUCCAAAUGCGUCAAUUUCAAGAAAUUUCCGGUCAAAAAAAUUAGGGGUCACAUCUAUGAAAAUGGCUUUAGUUUGGGGUAUAUCGAUUGGAUUUGGCACAGAGCCAAGCCUAUUAGGUCAUGUGGUGAUAGCACACUGCCCCCUGAUGAAGGGGAGCAGAAUGUAGAUGUAUUCCAAUACGCCUUUGAAGCUGCAUCGGAUGUUCUGGCUGCUGCUUCAGAAGCUGCUGGGGUUUGUGAAGCAACAUACAAUAAUCUGUCGGGUAAUUCGGGGGGUGGUGAUUACGAUAAGGACUCGCACGAAUUUAAGAGGUUUGUUGUUGAUGCUCAACAACCUCUAUUUGAGGGCAGUGACUACACCAAAUUAGAUUCUGUGUUGAAAUUACAAAAUUGGAAAGCGAGAUUUGGGGUUAGUGAUAGCGCCUUCAAUGAUCUCUUGUCUACAGUUGGGUCCUUGCUUCCUCAAAAUAAUGUCUUGCCUGUAAACGCAUAUGAAGCUAAGAAAACUUUAUCAAAUUUAGGCCUCGAGUAUGUAAAAUUCCACGCGUGUCCCAAUGAAUGUGUUCUCUACAGGGGUGUACAUCAGUAUUCUUCAGAGUGUCCGAAGUGCCAUCUAUCUCGCUGGAAGGUGGGGAAGGAUGGCAAAGUAAGGCAUAAAAUUCCGGCGAAAGUUUCGUGGUACUUUCCGAUCAUUCCGAGAUUUAAACGGAUGUUUAAAUCUCAUUCGACGGCUGAAUUAUUGACUUGGCAUUCCAAGGGAGGAAUUCAGGAUGGCCAGAUGCGCCAUCCUGCUGACUCACCUUCUUAG